GCCUCUCCGCACGUGGCGUCUGUGUGGCGCGAUCACAGCCCAGGGCGAGGGCCGGUCGCUGGGCGGGGCUCUGGCUCUGCGCUGCUGUCCCUACCGCGGCGUGCUGAUUGGGCGGCCUGCGACGAGCCGCCCUGCUGCCGGCCCCGGUGCUAGUACAGCGCCGUGCGCGCGUUCAGCGCCGUGGCCACAGAGUUAUCUGGUUGGUGCCGCGUGGCCAAACCCCGCCGUUGCGCGGCGCUGCGGCAGCGGCCGGUGGGGGCGGAGCGCGCGCGGCCAUGGAGGCGGCGGGCGGGUUGUGGCAGCGGCUGUCGGGGCCGGAGGAGCGGCGGCUGCUGGACAGCCUGUCCUACGGGAUGGUGGGCAUGGGGGCGCUCUCCGCGCUGCUGCUGCGCUUCGUGCGGAUGCCGUACGGGCGCUACUCCACGCGCCGCCUCGGCUGCCUUGUGCCCGCCCGCCUGGCCUGGCCUCUGCAGGAGCUGCCGGCGCUGCUGGUCCCGCUGGGGCUGAGCCUCUUCAGCGGCGCGGCCCGCGUCUCCGAGUGGCCGAACCGAGUCCUGCUGGCGCUCUUCAUCGGGCACUACGCACACAGAUUUCACCUUCAGGGCAACCCUUUACACACUGCCUUGUGGACAUUCCGGAUAAAGAAGCAACCAAGGCGAAGCAGUGAGGAUAUUUCAGAGAGGGCACUCAUCUUUCCUUUCUUGAUUCGUGGAGGAAAACCAACACCAUUCAUUACUUUCACACUAGCACUCAUAUUCUGUGUCUAUAAUGGAUACUUGCAAGGUCGGAGCUUAAGUAAUUAUGCAGAAUAUCCUUCUGGUUGGCUGAAAGGUCCUUGUUUCAUUGUAGGUUUUGCAGGGUGGCUGAGUGGCAUGACAAUUAAUAUCUAUUCUGAUCACAUUCUCAGAAAUCUGAGAAAACCAGGGGAAACGGGCUACAAAAUACCAAGAGGAGGCUUGUUCGAAUAUGUAACUGGAGCCAACUUUUUUGGAGAGAUUCUUGAAUGGUUUGGAUUUGCUCUUGCCAGCUGCACUAUUGAAAGUGCUGCUUUUGCCAUAUGCACAUUUUUCAUCCUAGGUUCCAGGGCACACCAACAUCAUCAAUGGUAUCUUGAGAAAUUUGAAGAUUACCCAAAGGCCAGGAAGAUAUUGAUUCCAUUUGUGCUCUGAGGUGUGCAUCAUGGAGUUGGCUGACUUUGAAUGAUGGUGGUUGCUAUUCUGAAAAUAUUCAGUUCACAAACAGCUCCCAACAAGUUAGGCUAAAGGUUUUCUUUUAACAUUUUCAGUGUCACUUAUGUUGGUUUCCUAACAUAUAAAAUACAACUGAUGGAUGAGGUCAUAGUGACAGAAGAGUCAGCCAUCCUGUUCCUAUUUGGAGCAUAGUGUAAUAACUGACUUAAUAAGAUAAUAUCUUCAUCAUUAGAACUA